GUGGCUUACAGUAGGGAGAGAUUGUGGCGCUCGACCGCUGCCGGCGAAAGCGGCGGGCGGAGCUCCGGAGAAAUAGACUUGCAGCAUCAGAAAAGUCGCGUAGCCUGAAGAAGGCCGCUCUGGGUCCCUGCUCUUUUCCCCUCGCUGACCAUCGAUUGCAGCUGUAGGCGCUGUCUGUAUCCUCAUGGCUUCCUCAUCUGCUCCUCCUUCUGUAGCUCCGCCUUACUCUUCUUCGGCGGCGGCGUCUGAGCUACAAUCUCAGGUGCAGGCCGCCCUCGAUGCGAGAGUAGCCGCGGGGCGUUUGGCGCCUUCGGUUGUCUAUCUUUCGAAUCGUUCCGGUCAAGAAGUAGCGCAAGUCUGCUCUCCUUCUGCUUCUUCCUCUGACAGUGAGAGCCGCAGUGGUAGUAGCAACAGAGAGGCAAUCGCCAAGUGGGGUCAAGAUGAAGUCGUUGGGCCUUCAUCGGUCUUCUGGCUUGCAUCAUGCACAAAGCUUCUCACGGCCGUUGCUGCUCUGCAGCUCGUCGAGGAUGGGCUGAUUGGGCUGGACGACUCCGUCGAGGAGGCGCUUCCUGAGCUUAAGGCUCUCCCUAGGCUGGAGUUCUCUACUUCGAGCGACGGCGAUGGGAAGGAAGAGCAACACUUCAAGCUUGUGCACCGCGAGGAAGAGGAGGGAGGAUAUCGCCCGCCUAUCACUCUAGCUAUGCUCCUCUCGCACACUUCCGGUCUCUCCUAUCCGCACUUCCACGCUCAGACGAGAGACUACUGUCAGCAUAUCGGUCUCAAUCCCUUUGAAGGGACGAUUCGCUCCUUCUCCACACCGCUCAUAGCCACACCCGGCACGCGCUGGUGCUACUCACCCGGACUGGAUUGGGUCGGCGUUCUACUGGAGCGUCUGACAGGCGCGCAAGAUCUGGACGAGUACCUCGCGCGGAGGGUGUACGGUCCGCUGGGGGUGCAGGGGGAAAUGACGAUGAAGGGUGCAAGCGAGUGUGUGCAGAGUGGACUAGCUCCUAUGCAUGUGAGGGAGGCAGAUGGGAGUAUUAAGACGGAACCCCAUCGGGUACAGCUCGAUGAUACGAAGCUCGGAUACCUCUCUGGUGGAAUCAGACUCUUCUCCACUCCACGUGCUUACGCUCAAGUGCUCGUUGCGCUGCUCAAUGGUGGCACCCACCCAAUCACAGGCGGAAAGAUCCUCUCGCCAUCAUCAGUAGAGGAGCUGCUGAAAGAUCGCAUCCCCGAGUCUAUGCGUCCGGACCUGUCGCGCUCCUUCGACUGCAGCUACCCCUUUCUCUCCUACCCUUUCACACUCCACCCCCAAAAAGCCAAACAGUGGACUUUUGCUGGCGCACGCGUCAGUGAUGGAUUGGAGAAUGGUCGUAGCGACAGAGCUGUAUGGUGGACGGGGACGCCGAAUGCCUUUUGGUUCCUAGACCCACAGGAUGGGACUUGUGGAGUGCUGGCUACCCACCUGAGGCCGUUUUGGGAUGGAGAAGUGAGGGACUUCUGGGACGAGGUUGAGGGGGCUUUGCACGCAUUUGUGCGGGAUGAGGGACAGACAGAGGGAGACUGAUAAGAGAGGGAGGACAUAGAUUUGUUUGUUUGUAUACCUAGUAGAGACAGAAGAAGGACACCCGCCAGAGAAUGAUGGACACUUUGGCCAUCGUACCGGAGACUCUAGACAGAUCCAUAUACUUCUCUCCGUCCUCGCCCUGCCUAAUGUCAUGAUAUUUGCAUCCCACUCUAGAACCA